AUGGUCACCCAAUCAGAGACAAACCUGCCAGCUUUGAUACUCAUGCACGAUGCACCAGCUGACAUUACUGAGGAAUCUCUGUCUCCAGAGCCCGAGGAAGGUGUAAUCUCCCAACCUGGAUCACCGACUACUCCACCUAGCCCUCUGUCUUCUCUCCCAGAUUCAGAAUUUGAGUUGAACUGCCGAUGUGGGAUCAUCGGUAAUGGUAAUAUUCUUUAUCAUCACGAGCAUGAGGUGGCUAUCCAAUGCGAUCAAUGUCGUGAUUGGUCUCAUAUUGCGUGCCAGCGCGAUGGAAGAGCCAGUAACCUUGUGCCAGAUGCCCUGUUUAUCUGUGAUUCAUUGUUUGAGUUGACCAAAAAAUCUUACAGGGAGCUCGAGGCACGUCUUGCAUUGAAUAAACCACUCGAGUUACGAUUACGAGCGGGGAGAGGCGCGCUAGCGAGACGUGAGCUGUUUUGGUAUCCGGUGCGCCUCAUUCAGGCAGUGCAACACGGUUGGAGGGUGCAUUGGUGGAGGGAAAAUCAAUAUCUUGACAAGGAUGAGCCUGCAGCUGGUGGAUUUUCUGUUGUGAAUACCAAGGACAUCGUUGAUUCGUUGUGGAACGACCGAUUGGCAAGACGAGUAAUACGGCUCGGAAAAUGGAAACAUGCCCGGGACGUCAAAACCUCAGAAGACAUUCUCGCGGAUCCAUCUAAAAUACCAUACAGCGAGGAAAUCAACAAAAUCCUCUCGCCAUUCAAAAAGCUUCUGAAGAAAUUACUCACAUGCUAUGGUCCGGAUGACCUGAAGAGUGAAAUCAUCCCGGCAAGAGAUUGGUUAGAAAAUGGCAAAAAGCCUCUUCAAACAAGCUUGGUUCUGUAUUGCGGAGCUCUUUCUAUCAUCGAGAGAGCCCAGAUUGCAAAUUGGUUUCUGUGUCACAUCAGCAAAAAUGCAGAGACCUGGCUCGGGCGCUUACUGCUCGCUCAUGUGUUCACCCUUUACACUGCAGAACAUAUCAAAAAUGAACCAAAGUUCAAGGUACUCACACAGCCAGAAAUCAUCAACGAGGCUUGGAGGAUCCAAUUUACAAGUAUCCCUUCAGUCUUGUUCGACAUUGAUGUUGAACGCGAGGCCUUGGAGAAUCUGGAGACCAAGAUGUUUGAGGUUUCGAGAGCUGUGGGGAUCACGAGUUAUUGUCAAUGGGGCUUGGACACAGGACAUCACCAAGAUUGGGAUCCGUAUGCAAGGAUGGAAGACUUGAAUCACCAGGAUUGUCCCGGAGAUGGUGAUGAUCUUCAGUUUGGACCCGAUUACAUUCACCGCGAAGAGAUAAUACAACUGACGGAAAAGAAAUCGCUUCCCAAACCAUGCCCCAAGAUGAUCAAGAAGACCGUGCCCUAUGUUCAGCACAUGGCUGUAAACAAUUAA